UUAAAAAAAGAAGUGCUAAACCUCUUCAUUUGUUUAUAUUAAAAAAAUAACAAAAAGCUGCCAAGAAGAAAAUUUAAGCUUAAAAAUAAUUAACAAAAUUACAAAAAAAAAAAAAAUAAUAAUAAAAUAACCGCUUAACUGUGCUAGCUCUAGUGUCAUUACUAGUUUUACAACAAAAACCAUAAUAAAUAUAAUUGAAAUUCAAAAAAAAAAAAAAAAAAAAUUAUUCAAAAAAUUACAACCAAAAGUUAUUUACUAUUUUAUAGUUGUUUUGACAUAAAUUACAACUAGUUUUUAUAGGUUUUUUUUCCAGCUUUAAGUUAGUUGUUUUAUUUAAUUUUUUUUAUUUUUCGUUUGUUGUCUUUUUGGCAUCUGAACUUCUUCUUUGUUUGCUGUAAUAAAAUAGCUACAACAACAGCAAAUAACUAAAAAUCUACAACAACAUCAACUAAAUAUCAACUUCCAUUUCUUUGUUUGUCACUGAAAAUUAAGUGGUGGUAUAAGUACAAAUUGUAUCUCACCGUCAGAAGACGGUAUGUAGGAAAAAUAAAAAAAACAACAUCAAUCAACAUGCGACUGGAUACAAAUUCAAAUGAAGAUUUCAAAGCGUUAGGUUCAACGUUUUGUAAAAUUAAACCUGAAAAUUUAUCCACCUGGGGUGGUUCUGCCAAACAAGAUACAAGACUGCCAAUAACUGAUUAUUCAACUUUAGGAGGUCCCCGUCAUAAUUGCAGUCCCUUUCCCAUAUCCCGUGAUGUCAAUAAUCGUUUUAUAUUAUGGGAUGGUGACAUAACCACAUUGGAAGUAGAUGCCAUCACCAAUACAACCGAUGAGACUUUAACUGAAAGCAAUAUUAUAUCGGAACGUAUUUUAAAUGUAGCUGGUAAUCAAUUAAAAGAUGAUUUAACACAUAAUAUUAGAGAAUGCCGCACUGGUGAAGUACGCGUUACCAAGGGCUACAAUUUACCCGCUAGUUAUAUUUUACAUACAGUGGGUCCAUCUUAUAAAGAAAAAUUCAAAACUGCAGCCGAAAAUACUUUACAUUGUUGUUAUAGAAACGUUUUAUGUAAAGCCAAAGAACUGAAUUUAAAAACUAUAGCUGUUUGCAAUAUUAGUACCAAUCAAAAAACAUUUCCAGCUGAUCUAGCCGCUCAUAUUGCAUUAAGAACUAUACGCCGUUAUUUGGAUAAAUUUACAUCGCAAAUCGUGAUAUUUUGUGUUAGUCCCCAUGAGCGGGGUAUUUAUGAGGUAUUGGCACCUCUUUAUUUUCCACGUGAUAAUCUAGAAGAACGUAGUGCUUUAUGGCAAUUGCCUAAAGAUAUUGGCGGUGAAUAUGGUGAACCACAACAUCCCGAUCGUCAAAUACGUAUUAUACGCAAUCCACAGCAUAGCGUUUUAAUGCGUCAUCAUGCUGACGACGACUCUGAUAACUGUCCGCACGAUUUCGAAGGUGGUGGUUCAGAUCUUGAAUACGGUAUAUCUGAUUUAAACGGUUUGAAUCUUAACUCAUACAGUGGUGGCAUGCAAUCGCAAAUUCAGGCCGAUUUGGAUCGUCAGCAUUUAUUGGGCACCCGACCCAGUAAUGGUGUUUAUGAAAGUGUUGUAGCCGAUGGCAUUGAAGGCAUAGAACAUCAGGAAAGUAGCAAAUAG